AUGUGGUGCGAAGUAUGUGGAAGCAGUGAGCAUGUGGCCGAACAUUAUGGAGCAAAUUUAGAAUCAAUAAAUUUUGUAGGUAAUGCACCUAAGGGUGUUGGUAACCAAAACUAUGGAAAUACUUACAACCCAAAUUGGAGAAACCAUCCUAACUUCUCAUGGGGUGGAAAUCAACAAAAUUAUCAUCACGGGCCAACUCAAUACAGACCACAGGGAAGUGGACACCAAUACAAUAAUCCUAGUCAAGGAUACAAUGCUCAAAUUCAAAUUGAUCAAGCAUCAACAAAAUCGGGAAGCAUGAGUGUUGAGGACAUGUUGAAACAAAUCAUGAUAGACCAAGCCAAGCUAGCUUCCGAUGUGAAUGUCGUAACUACUCACAGUGGUCGCCCACUCACUGAAUUGGCUCCCAAAGCAAAAUUGGCAGAGGAAAAAGGCAAAGAGCAAGUGCAGAUUAAUUUGCCUUUGAUUGAUGUUUUACGGGGAAUCCCAAAAUAUGCUAAAUUCGUCAGGGAUAUCGUGGCCAAUAAAAGCAAGUUGGCUGAAUUUGCAACUGUGGCACUCACUGAAGAGUGUAGUUCAAGAAUCUUGAACAAAAGCAAGCUUCCAACCAAACUAAAAGAUCCAGGUAGUUUCACGGUGCAGGUAACCAUUGGUAAAUAUAGUAAUGCAAGAGGUCUCUGUGAUCUGGGUGCUAGUAUCAACUUAAUGCCUAGAUCCAUGCUUAAGAAAUUAGGCCUGGGAGAACUUAAAGCAACAACUAUUUUGCUACAGUUGGCUGAUCGUUCUGUAGCUAGACCUGAUGGUAUCAUUGAAGAUGUUUUGGUACAAGUAGGAUCCCUCAUCUUCCAUGUUGAUUUUGUCGUUUUAGAUUUUGAGCCGGACCCCGAUGUUCCUUUUAUCUUAGGACGCCCGUUCUUAGCAACAGGCGGGGCACUAAUUGAUGUGGCUGCAGGUAGAUUGACUAUGAGAACACAUGAUAAAGUGGAAGUGUUCGAUGUAUAUCAUGCACUGAAAUUGCCUGCAAUUUAUGAGGAGCUGUCUGCUGUAACCAUCAUUGACGAGGAAAUAUCAGCUCAAUGUACUACCUCAAAUGACCCAUUGGCGAAAGUCGUAAUGGGUCAAGAUAUUGCAGAGGACAUGGAAGCUAAAGAGCUAGCAAGUGUACUCGAUAUGCCAAAUAUUAACAUGUGGAAGAAGAAUGUAGAACCCUUAAACAGAGAAUUGGGUCCUUCACCCAAGCCUUCUCUCGAGGAAGCCCCUAAAUUGGAGUUAAAAAAACUGCCAGCAUAUCUCAGGUAUGUUUUUCUUGGAAUAAAUAACACUUUACCUAUAAUCCUUUCAUCUGCUUUGUCUGAGGCACAGGUCCUAGCAGCACUGGAGGUACUAAAGAGGCACAAAAAGGCCAUUGGGUGGCAAAUGGCUGAUCUUCAUGGCAUCAGCCCCACUUUAUGCAUGCACAGAAUUUUCAUGAAAGAAGGACAUAAGGCUAGUGCACAACCACAACGCCGGUUGAACCCCAUCAUGAAAGAAGUUAAAGGGGGAAUGACUGUGAUAACCAAUGAAAAAAAUGAGUUAAUACCUACAAGAACAGUGACUGGGUGGCGCAUAUGCAUGGACUACAGAAAGUUGAAUGAUGCAACAAGAAAAGAUCACUAUCCUGUGCCGUUCAUUGACCAAAUGCUUGAUAGGUUAGCAGGCCAAGAAUACUACUGUUUCUUAGAUGGAUAUUCAGGUUACAAUCAAAUCACCAUUGCACCAGAGGAUCAAGAAAAGACAACAUUCACAUGCCCUUACGGAACUUACGCAUUCAAGCGUAUGCCGUUUGGCCUUUGCAAUGCUCCUGCCACUUUUCAGAGGUGUAUGAUUGCAAUAUUUCAUGAUAUGGUGGAAGACUUUGUAGAGGUUUUCAUGGAUGACUUUUCAGUUUUCGGAGAGUCUUUUGAUCUUUGCUUGAAAAAUCUAGAGAAAGUACUUGCAAGGUGUGAAGAAACAAACCUUGUCUUAAACUGGGAGAAGUGUCAUUUCUUGGUAAAAGAGGGUAUUGUGUUGGGACAUAAAGUGUCAAAAGAUGGGUUGGAAGUGGACAAAGCAAAAAUUGAAGUGAUUGAGAAACUUUCGCCACCAAUCUCAGUAAAAGGAGUUCGAAGUUUUUUAGGUCAUGCCGGAUUCUACCGGCGUUUCAUCAAAGAUUUUUCCAAGAUAGCCAAACCAAUGUGUGGGUUGCUCGAAAAAGAGGUAAAAUUUGUUUUUGAUGAUGAAUGUUUGCAGGCAUUUGAACUCUUGAAGAAAAAGCUGAUUGAAGCCCCUAUCCUACUAGCUCCUAACUGGGAGUUACCUUUUGUGCUGAUGUGUGACGCAAGCGAUACAGCAGUGGGUGCAGUUCUGGGACAAAGGAAGGAGAAAAUUUUUCAUUCCAUUUAUUAUGCAAGCAAAACUCUUGAUUCUACUCAGGCAAAUAACACGGUCACGGAGAAAGAAAUGCUGGCGUUGGUCUAUGCGUUUGAUAAAUUCCGCUCUUACUUGGUAGGUACAAAAGUGAUUGUGUUUACUGACCAUGCAGCUCUUAGGUACCUAUUCAACAAGAAGGAUGCCAAGCCAAGGCUCAUUAGAUGGAUUCUGUUGUUACAAGAAUUCGAUAUCGAAAUCAAAGAUAGGAGGGGAUGCGAAAAUCAAAUAGCAGACCAUCUAUCAAGAUUAGAGGGUUCGCCCCAUGUGGCUGAGCAGGAGCCGAUAAAGGAGGAAUUUCCGGAUGAGCAACUGCUGGAAAUAGAGGUACAAGAUCUCCCAUGGUACGCAGAUAUCGUGAACUACCUUGUUAGUGGAGUGUUCCCUCCUGAUGCUACCUCACAACAAAAGAAGAAGCUUAUGCAUGAUGUUCGCCUCUAUAUAUAG